GAAUCAGAUGUUUUGUAUAAAACUAUAACGAUUGAACUCAAGGGCCAUGAAUUAGCUGUUAUGAAAAGUUACGAGCAGUUUCUUACCAUGGCUGCCAAUGAACUGGAUAUAAGUAUAUGUAAAGUUUGGUCUCCACCCAGGUCUAUUAGGCGAUGGACAUUGUUAAAAUCAGUUCAUAUUUAUCGUAAACACAUGGUUCAGUAUGAAACGAGAACCGCCUACCGAGUUGUCCAACUUAAAAAUUUAACUGGAUCAACAGCUAACACGUUUCUUGAAUAUAUUCAACGAAAUUUACCUGAGGGGAUGGCAAUGAAAAUUACCAGGGAGUCUAUUGAACCUUUGCCCGAUCAUCUU